AUGCAGAAUCUCUGCUACCUGGCUAAACGGAACGACGCGUCGAGCGCUAUCAGCGAUUUAAAUAAGUUAAUCAUCCACCACAACGUCUCCAAGUUCCAGCCAGCAGUGAAAUCUGACAACACCCUACCAUAUGCGAACCACGAGAGCGUGAAGGAGAUGCAGGAAGCCAUGAGGGACGUAGUACGACAACAGCUGAUCGACGACAUAAGAGACAGCGACAUGUACGCCAUGAUGUGCGAUGAGUCUACGGAUGUGUCUAAUGAAAAGACUCUUGUUGUAUAUGUGCGUUAUGCAAAACGUGGCAGGGCUGAAACAAAAUUCUUUGAAGUAUCGGAAAUAAAUGGGGAUGAAUGUAAUGCCGUCGAACUAUGUGAGACGAUCAGCAGAGUUUUAGAGUCAAGGGGUGUCAACCUUGAAAACAUGUGCUGCAUCACUACUGACGGUGCGAGUGUGAUGACAGGUGUACGUGGAGGCUUAACAACACUCCUGAAAAGAAGAGAUCCCCAUCUUCUGAGCAUCCACUGCAUAGCACAUAGACUGGCCCUGGCUAGCGGACAAGCAGCAGACAAGGUGCAAUAUUUAGUAAAAUAUCAGGCCAUGAUUAAUACCAUCUUUAAAUAUUACAACUAUUCACCCAAACAUCAGUCUAGGCAAAGAAAAUUUCAGGAAGUGUAUAAAAUGGCCGAAAAAAAAUUCAAGCAGACAUUUCAUACACGCUGGCUCUCAUUUGAAGGAGCUGUUGAUGCUGUCAUCAUCAACUACGACGCUCUCCUUACGUGCCUUGAGAUGGAGGUAGCUGAGGACAAUGACAGAUGUCAACCUGACCCAGCAGACCAUCACUCUGGAAGCCACUCUGCAGUCCCUUCAGGAGAUGACAACAACCCCUGGCCCCAUUUUCUGGCCAGCCUACCUGAUGGGUACCAGAAUGGGUUUGACUUUGGAGAUGAUGGCCACAAUAACUUCAUCAAAUGUUCAAAUAAGGAAAUAGACGCCAGUGAAAACAUCCGCAGCACGUUUAUCAAUCACGUCAUCGAAAACCUAGAGGCCAGGUUCACCGACAAUGGCAUAAUCUCAAACUUUGCAGUGCUGAACCCAGAGAAUCUGCCACAAAAUUCCACAGACUUAGCCACCUAUGGAGACCAACAGAUCCAUGACCCGGGAAAGCACUAUGGUCCCAGCAUUACCAACCAACAAUCACCAAUGACAGUAAGUGAAAAACACCUCAAGUGUGAGUGGUCCUUAUUCAAACAUCACAUGGACAAGAACUACCGGACAAUUACAUUCUCCAACAUGGCAGAGACUGUGCUCACAAGCAAAACACUGGUGGCAUCUUACCCUAACCUCUGCAAGAUCAUGAAGAUUGCCAUCACUCUGCCACUCUCAACUGCUGACUGUGAAAGAGGUUUCAGCAAGUACAACUUAAUUAAAACCAAACCCCGAAAUAGACUCACCCCAGACAGUGUAAAUACUCUAAUGACAAUAACAGUUGACACACCAGAUCUUGACCACAUGAAGGACUUCAACUUCUGCAAGGCCUUCGACCUAUGGGCAUCCACCAAACAGGGAAAGAUCAACACAUUCUUUAAAUAA